AGCAACUUAACUGUGAAAUUGCUGCAAAGACUCAUGCAUCCCUGGCAACAUCGCAGUGACUGGUCUCGAAAAUCUCAGCGUUUACCGAUACCUCUGGCAGGCUCGCCAGGCACUGGCAGCAUAAUUGAGGCACCUGCUAUCAUUAUACAGACUCAUGUGUUCAUUUGCUUAUGUUUCCAUCGUCCGACUUCCUUUACGACAUCUGGGUGCGAAAAGCACUCUCUGCAACUGGCCACACUGUGCUAAUAUAUGAUUACCUUCUCACCUUUACUGAUGAAAUCCGGUACAUUUGGAAUGCCCCUUGGACAAUCGUGAAAGUCAUGUUCCUCAUCAACCGAUAUGGAAACCUGGUUGGGCAGACUGCCAUCCGGUUCGAAGAGGCUGGCAUCCUCGCACAUGAUUCCCAAUUAUUCUGCCAAAGGUUUGCCAUCGUCACUAAAUACUUUAUGGUGCUAUCUUCAGAGUCGAUUCAUCUACUUGUGCUCAUACGUGCGUGGGCCAUCUGGGGGACUCGGAAGAGCAUCAUAAAAAUUAUUGUCGGGAGCUAUGUGUUCUACGUCCUUGCUCUGCUGGGAAUAACGACGCUUGGUUCAAUACAUGAUACUCAUGAGGAGUAUCAGUACCUCGACUCAGUCGAGAUCUGCGCAUCAGCGAUGCCAGAAUAUAUGUGGCUCAGCUAUCUCGGAAGCUUUAUUCUCGACGCAGUAACUUUUGUCUUGACAGUGCGAAGUCUGUGGAGGUACUCUAGGGAAUUUCAGAGUCUCUACCCCUCCAGCCUCCUCCGAUUACUUGUUCGAGAUGCCAUCAUAUUUUUUGUUUUUAGUAUGUUUAACAAUGCCACGAUCGUCACCUCCUGGACUGUGUACGCGAACACUCCAUACACUUUCCUACCCAAAGGGUUUUCGGGCCCAUUACUUUCAGUGGCUGGUCAGCGCGUGGUUCUGAACCUGAAAAGUCUUCCAACGCGUACCUAUGCGACACAAGAUCUCAGCCGUGAGAUAGACCGACAACUUGAAGCAUUUGAACUAGACGAAUGCUGCUCGUCACCUGAAGAUGGCCUUGAUGACCCGAAGGAAACAUGCUGCUCGUCGCCUCAAGGUCGAGAUGACCUUGACGACCCAGAGGGUGGCAGAGAGCUUUAGGUGGAAUCAGGAAAUGUGAACCGAAUCCCAUGUAAGUGAUUGCAUGUUACCAAAGAAAUACACAAGUAGGAUUGAAGAGAUCAGACUAGCUGUUUUAUAUAUUGUAGAUGUUUGUACCGAUUAUUAAAGGUUGCAGAACUUACCUCCGUGUCCCCAUAUUUAUUUUGUAUUCCCCACAAGUGCUUGGUCUUAAGAGUAGACAUAUAGUGUUCGAAUGUAUACGAUACAUGUACACAU